AUGCGUACCUACGACGAUUCUUUCAGCGGUCAGAAGAUCUACCCUGGAAAGGGUAAGCUGUACGUCCGUGGCGACAGCAAGAUCUUCCGCUUCCAGAAUGGAAAGUCCGAGUCCCUUUUCCUCCAGCGCAAGAACCCCCGCCGCAUCGCCUGGACCGUCCUCUUCCGUCGCCAGCACAAGAAGGAUUUUCGCUCUGAACAGGAAGUUGCUAAGAAGCGCACCCGCCGUGUCGUCAAGCACCAGCGUGCCGUUGUCGGUGCCUCCCUCGAUGUGAUCAAGGAGCGCCGCAACCAGCGCCCCGAGGCUCGUGCCGCCGCCCGCCAGCAGGCCAUCAAGGAGGCCAAGGAAAAGAAGGCCGCCAACGAGAGCCGCAAGAAGGCCGAGAAGGCCAAGCUCGCCGCCAGUGGCAAGGGCGCCGCCCAGCGCAUCCAGAGCAAGCAGGGUGCUAAGGGCUCUGCCCCCAAGGUCGCUGCCAAGUCGCGUUAA